AUGGCCGAUGAGAAAUUUAAUAUUCCCUUCAAUGAUUCCUCCGACGAGGACUGCUCGCAUAACCUAACGUUGGACAUCAUCUGUGAUGUUGAGGAUUACGUGCAUAGUAAUAAGCGGAAAUCAACAAACAGAGGGAAAGGUACAGAAAAACAAGUGGAGGGAAUGUAUAGGUGGAUUACCAAUAAACUCGUUUGCUGCGCACAGCGUCUGGUAGGGGAUGACGGAGAGCUUAGCGAGAAAUUCGCGAUGGAGAAGAACGCGCGAGGUGAGGCAUUUGCUGUAAAUAAAGUGCUACCCCUUCAUAACCAUUAUUGGGGGUACGACGAAUAUCAAACUUCCCCUUCCUCGCGCUCAUUUCGAACCGCUUCCUCCUGUUCUCUUCCAUCGGCAAGGAAUUCGUCUUUUUCGUCUUUUGAUAACAUUGAUGCCACUCGUGCGAUAAAUUUGCAUAACCCCAAUCUCUUGCUUGAUCUUCGUGAGACGGUUCUACAAUAUCUACGCACCCCAGAUGAGUUUUACAUUAACAUCAUCUUAGCGUCCCUCAAGUCAGGCAUGUUCAUUAUUAAGGGCGAUGUGUUUGAGCUGGCGGAAGGGAAUCCUUUUCUGAUUAAAACUUUUUUAGAUUCCAGUCAUGUUGAUUUGGAAGAUGAGAGAGUGAAGGUGGUUGUACAGCGCGAGUUCGAUCGUGUUAUGGAUGUCGAGCCAUCUGAAGAUGGUCUCAAGUUGGAACAAAGCAACUAUCUCUUUUGUUUGUGCAAUGUCAAGAGUACGCGCAUUACUGAAAAACAAUUAUCGCUAAUACGUAAAUCCGGGUUUGAAUUUGUUAAGCUCAUCGGUGACUUUCCACACUUGCGAAAGGAUAUUAAACCUGUACGUUCAUGGUUUCUGCCCAUAUUUAAAAUGACAGUAGCGACCAGUGUUUUUACAGGCUGGCUUAGCAUGUUAGUUACCGCUUUGUUUGCUAUCUGCGUUCUGUGGACAGUAUUCACUUGGAUAAUGUUGCAUGAAAAGAAUAAAGCUUACGUUACGAUUAUUUUUUAUGUGUGGGGCUACAUCCUGACUUUGGCCUCCACGAUGCACCUGGAGGAGGGAAAAAUCAAGGUGUACGAGAAACAACUGUGGUCAUACCCUAGCAACCUUUCAAAGAUCAUUCCCAUCAUUCCGGUGUACGAGUGCAAACUCCUUUACGUUGCAUUUUGUUAUCGACUUACACCCAAUAAUCAUCAAUACUUUGUUAUUCGCUACGAUCUGCUAAAUGGCAUGGCUAUGCAACAAAUUAUCAACGGUUUACUUCAUGCUAUUCCCCAGUUAAUUGUACAGGUAUAUUUGAACUCCAGCAUGAAUAAUCCUGAAAAAGGCGUGCGAUUUGUAAUCUCUUCUUCAUUCUAUUUUCUCCUCACCACUGGUAUUUGUUCAUUUUUGCUAUCCAUGUUUUCUUACAUCCAUCAGGCAGUUCUAUCCCACUCGUGCGAUAGCUUUGGUUUUGCUAUGAUGAGCAAGGAUCUGAAGCGAAGGAUGCUGAAGAGUGCUAUGCCAACCCACAUCAUGACACGUAUUUUAAUCUUUCAAACACUAGCUUUUAUGAAUGGUGCACUAGCAACCCUGUUGAUUUGUAUUUUCAAUCUGCAUGGCUGCUCCUAUAAUGUGAAAACUUCUGUUUCAAUCUACUUCGCUAUUGUAUGGAUCGAAUUCUGCGUCCUGACGGCAACGUACAUUUAUGUUCGUUUUCAUGUAUUGUAUGGUCUCUUUUGUUUCCCACUAAUUUUGCUGCAAGUUUUUUUAAUUGUUAUUUUAUCGAUUUCGGGACCUACAGACGAGUACAGGGACUGCCCUCUUUACAAAGUGUAUGCGUUCGAUUGGAUGUACCCGCUUACUUUGUUGUUUGGGUUUCUUUGUUUAUUUUGCUUUGUAUGGAUGAUUAUGAUGUUUUAUGAGUUAAUAUCCGGUAAACCGAUCAAGCAACGUGUUCUUGACACCUACUUCUACGUGUAG